AUGACUCAUUUCUUGGACGAGAACUCGACGAUUCCUGUAGCAAAGAAUAUGAAGCAUUGGUCGGAUAGUACAAGUAAUUUCUUUCUCAUGGAUAGGGUUCCAGGUGAAUCGUUGCUGAAGAUGGGGGGACAACUUGUAUGGGAAGAGGUAUUAGUCAUUGCUGACGAAGUCGCGGACUAUCUUGUACAACUACGAAAAUUUACAUCAGAUAAACUACAAGCUCCAGAUGGUUCGCCGAUAAGAGACUCAACUUUCGGUCCUUAUUGGUCCUUGUAUUUUUGUACGUCUGAUGUGGACGAAUGGUGGGCUCGAGUGGAACCGAGCAUUCAGGAUAAAUCUCGCAAGGAUCGUUUAAUGGAACAAUAUUCCCUUCUUAUCAAGCCAGGAGGACCUUUUGUGCUCACGCAUGGGGAUUUAAACAUGCAGAAUAUUAUGGUGAAAGAUAAGCAUGUGAGCGGAAUCAUCGACUGGGAGUAUGGGGGUUAUCUUCCAGAAUGGUGGGAAUUGAAGAUGCUGGAAAACCUUGAAAGUGGGCGAUGGGCGGAAGCGCUAAGAGAUGCAUCAGCAAAGAGAAACGCAGUGCCCUCAGAAGCAGCGAAAACUUUCGGGCACAGUUUCUACCACGCUUUUCAAGACGUAACCCCUGACAUUUUUAAUGAAUCGGCCAAAUUUUACGACAAAAGUUUUCAUUGGGAAUAUCCAAGUCUCCCCCAUUAUAAGGCAGAAGAAGAUUUAUACAACGUUAAAUGGAGUGCAAAACUCCAAAGAGAGGGCAUAGAGAAAAUGGAAGCGGAAAAGAAGGCGAUUGAGGAUAGAAUAAAGACAGCAAAGGACAGAGCCAAGGUAGCAGAGGGAAAGCUUGCUGAAAAUGAGACAAUCUUGGCAGAAUUCAAUAAGCUAGGUGUAGAAGAGAGAGAAAAACUGAAGAGGGGAAAGUAG